ACCCAGCUGACAGCCAUUCGAAACAAUCGUCAUUCAUUUAUCUUUCUCUUUUCUCCCUUCUCUCGCUCUCUCUCUCAAUUCAAAGGGGGAAAGAAGAAACUGAAACUGAAAGAGUGAAAGGCAAAGAUGUUUUUCCACAUUGUAUUAGAGAGGAACAUGCAAUUGCACCCUCGCUACUUUGGCCGCAAUCUCCGUGAAAAUCUUGUAUCUAAGCUUAUGAAAGAUGUUGAGGGCACUUGCAGUGGUCGACAUGGAUUUGUGGUGGCAAUAACGGGCAUAGAGAGCGUUGGGAAAGGGUUGAUCCGAGAUGGAACAGGAUUUGUGACAUUUCCAGUGAAGUACCAGUGUGUUGUGUUUAGGCCAUUUAAGGGAGAGAUUUUGGAAGCUGUUGUUACCAUGGUAAACAAGAUGGGAUUUUUUGCAGAAGCUGGACCAGUUCAAAUUUUUGUUUCAAACCAUUUGAUACCUGAUGAUAUGGAGUUCCAGUCUGGAGACAUGCCAAACUAUACAACUUCAGAUGGAUCAGUUAAAAUUCAGAAGGAUAGUGAAGUGCGACUUAAGAUAAUUGGUACUCGAGUUGAUGCCACAGAAAUUUUUUGCAUCGGUACCAUAAAGGAUGAUUUCUUGGGCGUGAUAAAUGAUCCUGCAACUGCUUAAUGGAAUGUUCGACGAGAACUGCAUCAAAGUAUCUGCUUGCGAUGCGUCAUUCUCUGUACUUAUUGCUUGUUGUAUAGUUUCUUCAAGGGCAUCAAAUUUUGAUUCAGGGCCUUGAUCAUUGCUAAAUCACAAGAUUUCAUUGUCAGGCAACUCAAAUUAAAAACUUAUGACAUAGUAGUUGAAGGGCUUCAAACCUUUGCAGGUUGUAUGUCAAGUCUUGUGAUGUUUUUGCCGCGUAAUGCCUGCGGGCUGCAGAUUGUUGUUGGACGAAUAGAUCUUAUCUACAGUUCUAAUUGAGCUAA